AUGUCAUUUAGCGAAGGUAAAGACAGCUACGAAGAUCAGAUUGCCAACCUCAAACAACAGAUCAAUGAAUUGAUAUCGGAGGUAAGAAAUCUAAUGAAUGAGAAAUAUGAUAGGCUAUUAAGAGAUGAACAAGAUGGUGAAUAUUAUAAUAAUAAUAAUGAUCUACAACAACAACAACAAGAAGAAGAAGAAGAGAUACAACAACAAGAACAACAACAACAACAACAACAAAGAUAUGAAUAUCAAUCACCUUAUAAAAGUAUAAAUACACCUUCUACACCACAAUAUUUAGAGAGACAGAGAAUUCAAGAGACAUUGGAUAGCCAGACAAGACAAUGGGAACAAGAGAAGAAAGAAAUGCAACAACAAUAUCAAAGUUUACAUGCACACAAUAUUCAGUUAGAAUCAGAGAUACAGACUUUAAGAGAAUCAAAUGAAUCUAGCCAAAAAGAACUAUUGAAUAUUCAUAUUGAACAUGAUAAAGAGUUUAAGAAAAUGAAAGAAUCAAAUGAUCAUGUAAUUAAAAUGAUGAAAACAGCAUACUCUGGUCAAUUAAAUGAAAAGAAUACAAAUAAUAAUAAUAAUAUGAUUAAAGAGUUGACUGAUGGUUUAACAAAGUUGGAAUUGGAGAAUAAUGAGAUGAAGAAUUCAAGGAUCAAAUUACUCUCAGAGUUAUUCGAGAAGAAUGAAGAGAUUAAUCAGUUAAGAUUGGAUUUAGAAUCGGUUAGAUUAUCUUCUCAAAAGAUGACUGAAGUAUUCAUAUCGACACCACUUAGAGAACAACAAACACCACAAAAACGACAACAAUCAGAAGAGGAUGAGGAUAAACAACCAAUUAAAUUUAAUUUACCAGAAGAACUAUUAACAAAUCCCAAUAACAAUAAUAAUAAUAAUAAUAAUGAACAACAAAUAGAUCAAUUAAAUCAACAAUUAAAUGAAUUGAGAGAACAAUUAGAAAAGAAAGAUAGAUUAAUACAAUCUUUUGAAGAAGAGAAUAAUGAAUUACAAGAAGUAAACGAUAUGUUAUCUGUUGAAGUUGACAAGUUAAAUCUAUUAGUACCAUCAACUAAUAAUGAUAGUAGUAACAACAACAAUACCAAUAAUAAUAAUAAUAUAGAUGAAAAGAUAAGAAUAUGUGUACAAAAGAAAGAAGAAGAAAUUGAUAAAUUGAAUAAUGAUAAAUUACAAAUGGAGAAAGAGAUUAAAUAUUUGGGUAAUAAGAUUAAUAAUCAAAUGAUAGAUUUUAAAGAGAUGUCAGCUUCAUAUAAACAACAAUUAUUGGAUCUUUCGGCUCGAUACGAAGUCAAUGUUCAACAGUUGGCUAGCAAUGAAUUACAAUAUACAGAGUUGUACAAUUCUCUGGAGACUGCUAUCAUCAACACAAAAUCAAAGAUGCUGCAACAAUUCGAAGACCAACAAGAGAAACUAUCGAUGGAGAUCAGAGAUGAAUACAAUCAGAAUAUUAAAAUACUUAAAUCUGAAAUAUUGCAACUACAGGUCAAGUUACUCGCACCACCAACACCAACACAACAUUGGAUAGAUAAAUACAAUACACUUAAAGAUGAUUAUGAUGAUAUGAUGGAUAAAUUAGAAGAAUAUCAAUUUAGAAUAACAUUAUUAAAUCAAGAUAACGCUAAUCUCAAUACAAAGCUAAAGAGAUUCAGAGUGGAACCAGACUAUAUCGAUGAGUCUGAAGUCAUUGUGAUAUCGAGUGACGAUGAAGAUGUAGAUUACACACCCAAACCAACAGCAGAGGUGGAGGAGGAAUUUGAUUAUAGUAAGAUAGAAAUCAAAAAGAAUCCAUAUGAAAAAGAAGAUGAAGAAGAACAAGCAAAAGAUGACGGCAGCAACAACAACAACAACAGUUUAAAUGAUAUCUCUAGAAUCACAGGUGAUUCAUUUAAUAACAGUAAAGAAAGAUCGUCAUUGAAUUUAAAUGAUUUGGAUAAUACGUUAAAUAGCAACAAUACAACCUACUAUAGUUUAAAUAAUAGUAAUAAUAUAUCAACCACUGGAAACAACACUAGCAAUAAUAUAAAUAAUACAUCACAACAAGCAAUAUCCAACAACUUGCAUAUCAUCUCACAAAUAAGUGAACUAGAAAAAUCAUUCCACAAUGCCACAAGAUUAGACAAUGACAAUGAAGAUGAAGAUUAUGAUGAAUAA